AUGAAGAUUCUGUGGAUAUUGACCUUCACUGUGGCUAUCUCAGGUUUCGAUGUGGGCAAAGAGUACGUGUACAGGCAAAAAGGAACUCUGCACAUCGCGAAUCCCGAGCAGCCGUCGCAGUCCGCAGGCGUUGCGUUCAGAAGCAAGAUCCUUGUACAACCGAAGAAAGACCACACCAUAUUCUCGAUUGUCGACUUCGAAGCGGAAGCCUUCAAUUCUGACAACAUCGACGUCGCUCACCACGAGUUCGACUAUGUCCGCAACGAAGACGCGGUCAGCGCACUCCAGCGCCCAUUUGCCGCCAGGUUCAACGAUGGAAAGGUCGAGGAGAUCGAAAUCGACAAAAACGAGCCCACCUGGGCGAGGAACAUGAAGAAAGGCGUCCUGUCUUUAUUUCAAUUGGACCUGUUCAAGGGGCGCCAACAGAACCCGCAAGCACGGAAGUACAAUGUCAAAGAGGACGGUGUGCAUGGUCCUUGCGACAGCCUGUACAUCGUGCACACUGAAGACAACGGCCACAUCGAGGUGACCAAGGCGAAGAACCUCGAGAAAUGCGACCGCGAAAUUUACGCCACGUACGGAAGGCAGAAAGGCUCCAUCUGCGUCAAAUGCGAAUCUCAGAGGACGCAUCAACUUUCGGACACGUUUGAAGUUUAUUACCGCCUCAAGGGAACCGCCCGGCACUACGUCAUCGAGCGCGCCUGGUCGGAGUCGACGCAACUGAUCAAGGGUAACAACGAAGGCAAAGAAUUCCACGUCAUGUUCAAUCGAACCCUGGACCUAGAGACAGAAAGAGAGAUCACGGAGGAACACGUGCUGCCUGCGGGAAUGGUCAAGGAGCACUCAUUGGCGCAAGAGUUUGCAGUGUCCACCGACCUCAAGGAUCCGCAAGACCUGAAGCACGUCAACGGAUUCAUCACGUAUUUCGGUCUCCACUCCAUCAAGGAACACUUUCUUGUAGGCCUUCGAAGCCUAGCGCGACUCGAGUACACCGACGAGGACAUCCCAAACAUCGACAAUGAGAUGAGUGCCGGCCAGCUCUUCCACAUCACGUUUCACUCGUUCUCGACCUUCGACUACCAGGAAAUCGAUGACAUCUACCGGAACCACGUUCUCACUGCGCCCGAGGAUAUCAAGGACAGCAUGCGCCACGUAUUCCUGGACCUCCUUGGAGCUGCCGGGUCAAAUCCGCACGUCGCCUACGGCCUGGGUCUGAUCAGAAACGGAGAACUGAGCAGCUUGGACGCCCACUAUUUCUACAGCAAGAUACAAGUAAACCUGAAGGAAGCCGGCCCAGCAAUGAUUCACGAAAUCAGCGAUUCUUGCGAGUCGCAGGUUGUCAAAAGCCAUCGUGGAACGUGGGCCUCCUGCAAGCUCGCAGCCAGCGCUGUCGCCGGCGGCUCCGGAUGCCAGCACGCUGACAACGACAGCGCGGAGGACAAAGGCACCUGCAGCACCGAGAUCGUCUCGGGCAUAUUUAACUAUUCCGUGACGCCAGGGAACGUGGAGCACGAGACCGAGCAUCCAAUCACGGUGUUCUUGAGCGUGGCAGGGAACCUGAACACUCGAAAGGCCGUGAAAUACUUGGAGCGCUUCAUCAGUCCCAAGUGGCACGCCAAAGAGCCCAGAAGAAUGGCCGCCCUGUCGGCCCUCAGGCGGACAGCAAAGCGCCAUCCUGAACUGGCUCGCUCCGUCGCUCUGCCCAUUUUCCACAACACGAGCGAGGCGAGCGAAAUACGGAUCGCCGCUUUUCUCGUGGCUCUGGAGACCGACCCUGAACUUUACGUAUUGCGCCACAUCGGACUCGAGAUCACCGACCCCAGCGAUCAGGUCGUGGCCUUCGUAACCAGCGCGUUCCGCUCCCUGGCCGAGUCCGAGUACCCAUGUCAUCGUCAAAUCGCACAGCACUUACGCUACGUGCUGCCUCUGUGGGCGAACCACCCACGGCUCAGAAGGCCCGCCGACGGAAGCUCAUCCCACAUGUUCAUCUCAUCGGGCUAUAACCCCAAGUACGACUACGGCGGCAUGACCCAGGUGGAGCUGAUUCGUUCGCGCGACAGCUAUCUGCCCCGUAGCCUGCGCGUCGACAUGAAGGACUACAUGGCCGGGCACACCCACGACACGCUGGCCUUCUCGUUCGAGAGCUGGGGUAUGGACAAGCUCCUGGACCGGCUCGUGGGGCCGCAGCCUGGAUCCACGAAAAACAUAUGGAACUUCGUUGGCCGCCGCCGAUUUCCGCGAGACGCGUCGUCAGAUGAGAGAGAACGUAUCGAGGAUUUGCUGUCUGUCGCGGACCGGGAGUACGACCCGAUGUACGCUCGACUUGGUCUGUCCGUUUUCGGUCAGGCCAUCGACACGUGGGACUUUGACGAGUCCAUCUUGGAAGAACUUGAGGCCGAAGUGACACCGGAUGAGACAGCCGGCAAGUCCAUGGGAAACGCAGGCCGCAAGGUUUUCUCUUUGACCCAAGACUGGACGUUCCUGAUGCCCACCGAGCUGGGUGUUCCACUGUUCUUCGACCACAAGCAGGUGGACUUCGUCUACUCCAACCGCCAGAGGUUCGACGUCACGCACGGAGACAACGCGGACCUGAAACUCAACAUCAAGGGGCAUUAUGUGUACGAGACCCGGUCUCUUCAGUCGUUCGGCUUCCCGCUGUUCUUCACGAACGCGACCGUCGGCGCCUGCUACGACGCCAGAACCGUGAUUUCGUGGCCCCUGGAUUUGAAGGUCGCCCUGAAUGCCGCCGAGGGCAAGCUGAGGCUGCGUCGCCCGCAGAACUUACCUUGGAACGUGGCCAACCACCACUUCCAUCCCUUCACGUACCGCUCGCCAUUUGAAACCAGAACGAGUGCAACUCUGAACAGUUCGAGGUCUUUCUUCAGGAGUUCAAGGCACCGACCCCCCCCCCUUUCUCAGUUUGAUCGCAAGCAUUUCGACGAGACAUUCGGAGUCGGUCUAGCUGUCAAAGGACACUUACUCGGCAAGGGUCUGCAACAGGGCCUGCACGACUUCUUCAACGACAUGACGUGGCGCGAUCGGCUCUACUACGUCACCAUCAAUCCCAACUGGCAUCCUCGUGAUGUCAAGAUAUACGUCGUGCCUGCUGACGAAGACGCGACCAAAGAGGUCGAUGUGGAGAUUGCGUACAAAUUUUUCGAGUCCGCCGCAGCCCGGCAAAGCCGCUUCAAGAUUCACGACCAUAUGGGCGAUGACCCGGCCUUGCCGGCUACCCACGUGCUGAACGUUGACGUUAACUUCAAAGGUGAAGGCACGGAACGCGAAGCAGCCGCCGAGCUGAGGUAUUCCUUCGCCGACGACCUCUUCAACCACAAGUUGCAGUUCUUCUACGAGCGAACUCCGUUCAGCAAAGCGGAGAACGAAGGAACGCAGAUUUGCGUCGAAGUCUCGGCAAAUUUCCCCAAGCCCGACUGGUCGAGGUACAACAGCCUGCCGACAUUCUACCUGGGUCAGCGAAUCAAUACCAGCCUCUACCUCCGUUACGGAAGCAGUUGCGAUGGGCAGUCAAGGCUCUACCACCGCUUGUUCCCGUACCAAGCGCGGUACCCUGCGCUUCACCCUCCGGAAGACUCCUUUCUGCAUCUGCUGCGCCUCAACAUGAAAGGGGAAAGCGGCAAAUUUUACGUGCAGUCGCAAGUUCCUUCGAGGAACGUCGACGAGAAGCCGCACAGUGACGUUACUGUGACCCAUGAAGAUGGGCACCGCGUCGAGUACGUCGACAUUCCCUUGUCGACCCACGUGCUCGAACCCAGGGUCUUCGCAGAGUUCGGGUACACGAACCUGGCGGAGUACGCAUCGCUGUACAAGCACGUCUAACUUCUAUACUGCUACCUACAGACUCUGAGGGUGCGCACCUUCGAUGGCACCGUGGUGAAACUGCCCGAUACGGAUUGCUAUAAGGUUGUGACCCGCGACUGCUCGUCUAACAAGAGAUUUCUCCUCUUGGCUGGUGGUACCGGCAACUCUACGACCCCCAUGGCGCUCAAGCUCUUCAUACACACGACAAUGGUGCAAAUUCGGCCGCGAUACGAAGACUCCCAGGUGGUCGUGCGCGUGGACGGCGUAGAGGUGUUGCCAACGCCAGGCAAUCCUAACAGGCACACACACCACGACGCGGAGCUCUUCAGGAUUGUCAACUCUGACGAGACGUGGUUCGCGCUUACGUCCGAAUCGUACGGCAUCUAUAUGGUCUUCAACGGACAAAUGCUAUUCGUUCAGGUGCGUGCCUUCUAA